AUAGUCAAAAGCAACUCCUUCUUAUCCUCCUCAUCUUCUUCUUCUUCUUCAGAUAUUGAAAUCCACAGCUCUGAAUCAACCAUGGACAUAACUAGCAGCACAACAGAUGAGAGCACUACCAGUGAGCUCUCAAUGUCAAUCUCACCUCCCCCGAGACCAAACACCCAACACAACCACAACAAGCUCUCCUCGCCGCCGCAGAGCCUUUGCCGCGUCGGCAGCGGAGCUAGCAGCGUCAUUCUCGACUCCGAGAACGGCAUCGAGGCCGAGUCCCGCAAGCUCCCCUCCUCCAAGUACAAAGGAGUCGUCCCCCAGCCCAACGGCCGCUGGGGCGCUCAGAUUUACGAGAAGCACCAGCGCGUCUGGCUCGGCACCUUCAACGAGGAGGACGAGGCAGCACGCGCCUACGACGUCGCGGCGCAACGCUUCCGCGGCCGUGACGCCGUGACUAACUUCAAGCCCUUAACAGAGUCUUCAACAACCACCACAACCGACAACGACGACGACGAAAUCGAAGCCGCCUUCCUCAACUCCCACUCCAAAUCCGAAAUCGUCGACAUGUUACGAAAGCACACUUACAAUGACGAGCUGGAGCAGAGCAAGCGCAGCUACGGCUUCGACUCCAACGGCAAGCGGCGGGCCCGGGGCGAGGGCGGCCCAUUAACGGGUGCUUUCGGCCCGGACCGCGCCGCGAAAGCGCGUGAGCAGCUUUUCGAGAAAGCUGUCACGCCCAGCGAUGUCGGGAAGCUGAACCGGCUGGUCAUACCAAAGCAACACGCGGAGAAGCACUUUCCGUUGCAAAGCGGAAGCACGUGCAAAGGCGUGUUGCUCAACUUCGAGGACGUCGGCGGCAAAGUGUGGCGGUUCCGGUACUCGUACUGGAACAGCAGCCAGAGCUACGUGUUGACCAAAGGGUGGAGCCGGUUCGUGAAGGAGAAGAAUCUCAAGGCCGGCGACAUUGUGAGCUUCCAGAGGUCGACCGGGCCGGACAGGCAGCUUUAUAUAGAUUGGAAGACAAGGACCAGCACUGGGCCGAACCCGGUUCAGGCUGGGCCGGUUCAGAUGGUCCGGCUGUUUGGGGUGAACAUUUUCAAAGUACCUGGGAGCGGCGGCGCGGCUGGUACUACUGUGGAGGCUCCUAUUGGGUGCAAUGUUGUGGGGAAGAGAAUGAGGGAGUUUGAGUUGUUGGAGUUAGAGUUUAGCAAGAAGCAAAGGAUAAUUGGAGCUUUGUAACAUUUUUUUUUUCUGUAAUCUUUCUUAGGAGUUUGUGAAGGGGGAAGGAGGAGGAGGAGGAAGGAAAAAUGGAGGGAGGUGUAGUUGCAAGUUAAGGUGAAUUUGUAAAUUACAUGACCAAAAAAACCAAAAAAAGAAGCUGAUGAAGAAAGCAAAAGCUUUUGUUUGAAAAUUUCUCCAAAGGAGGAUUUUAACUGUCAAUUUGAUCUUGUUCAAGCUAUUAUUCAUGGCUUUUUUCCUAGUUUGUUCUUUCUGUUAUGCCUUUCCCAAACAAUAUAGAUCUCUUUCUCUUUGUUCA